AUGGCUGAGGGGAGUGAGCUGAUGAGCAGGCUCAUGAGCGAGAAUGCGGACCUGAAGAAGCAGGUGCGCCUCCUGAAGGAGAACCAGAUGCUGAAGAGGCUGCUGAGCGAGAGCUGCCAGGAGACCUGUGGCCGUGGGGGCCGGGACCUCCUCUUCCCCAAGGCCUCCGCCUACCCCGAAGCCUGCUCCCCUGUGAGCGGAGUUCCAGACUUUGGAAGAUUCAGCAGCGUCCCCGACGCGCCCUCCCAGCUGCAGACGUCCUCCCUGGAGGACCUGCUGUGCUCGCACGCGCCCCUCUCCAGUGAGGAUGACGCCUCCCCGGGCUGCGCAACCUCGGCCCAGGCGCCCUUCAAGGCUUUCCUCAGCACCCCCGAGCUCCGCACCCACCAAGGCGCCGACCGGAAGCUGUCCCCGCUGCUGAGCCCCUCGCAGGACCCGCUGGUGGACAAGACACUGCUGGAGGCCAGGGACAUGGCGCGGCCCAAGAAGGUGUGCUUCUCAGAGAGCAGCCUGCCCACGGCGGACAGGACCCGGAGGAGCUACUACCUCAACGAGAUCCAGAGCUUCGCGGGCGCCGAGAAGGACGGCCGCAUCGUCGGGGAGAUCGCCUUCCAGCUGGACCGGCGCAUCCUGGCCUACGUGUUCCCGGGCGUGACGCGGCUGUACGGCUUCACGGUCUCCAACAUCCCGGAGAAGAUCAAGCAGACCUCGGUCAAAUCUCUGGACGGCUCGGUGGACCAGAAGAAGCUGCGCGAGCUGACGCAGCGCUACCUGACGCUCACGGCGCGCCUGGAGCGGCUGGGCUACAACCGCGACGUGCACCCGGUGUUCAGCGAGUUCCUCAUCAACACCUACGGCAUCCUGAAGCAGCGGCCCGACCUGCGCGCCAACCCGCUGCACAGCAGCCCGGCCGCGCUGCGCAAGCUGCUCAUCGACGUGGUGCCGCCCAAGUUCCUGGGCGACUCGCUGCUGCUGCUCAACUGCCUGUGCGAGCUGUCCAAGGCCGACAGCAAGCCGCUCUUCGCCUGGUGA